UCUGUGAGCGGUAAUGUUUACAUGGUGUUUUUCUCCAUGGCGGUGUUCGGCUCAGCUCUGCGGCGCUCGCUCCUAACCCUGCCCGCACAGGGCGCCCGCAGCACGGCCUCUCUACAGUGGCUCCGCCGCCUCUCCGCAGGCCCAGAUGCGGAGCCUCGGACUGUCAGUGCUCUGCUGCCCGGGGUAACGGACCGCUUCGGCGGCGUGACUGUCCGGCAUCUGCCCCCUCAGAUCAGCGAGUCCGCAUUUAGCUCCAUGCUGAGAGACUCUCUCUCUCAGUGGCGUUCUGAUGGGAGGAUAGCGGUAUGGCUGUAUGUACCGUUGGCUCAGUGCCGGUUGGCGGAGGCUGCAGCGCUGCACGGCUUCACCUUCCACCACGCGCUCGGGGCCACGGCGGUGCUCAGCCUGUGGAUGGGGCCCGGAGAGAGCCGGCUGCCCGGAUACGCCACGCACCAGGUCGGGGUGGCAGGUGCCGUUGUAAACGAGUCCAAUGCGAAGGUUCUGGUCGUGCAAGACAAGAACAAGACUAAGAACGCGUGGAAGUUCCCGGGAGGCCUGUCGGAGCCGGGAGAGAAUAUCGGAGACACUGCUGUGCGCGAGGUCUUCGAGGAAACCGGCGUCCGAUCGGAAUUCCGAUCUCUCCUGAGCAUCCGGCAGCAGCACAACCACCCCGGAGCGUUCGGAAUGUCGGACAUGUAUCUGAUCUGCCGGCUCCGCCCCCUGACCUACGACAUCAGCUUCUGUAUGCAGGAGUGUCUGCGCUGCGAGUGGCUGGAUCUGUCCGAACUGGCUAAAACCGAGGAAACCACGCCCAUAACGAGCCGCAUCGCCAAACUGCUGCUGUACGGCCUGGAGAACGGCUUCCACAACAUCGACCUCGGCGUGGAGGAGGUUCCCGCCGUCUACACCGGCCUGUUCUAUCAGCUCUACCACAGACACAUUCCAGAGGAGCAUCCGAAAUAAUAAACACUGGUGAUACAGUAGAGGAACAACGGUGCUCAGAGGACGUUACAAAGGUCUGAUUUGGGAAUGUGAUCGUGUGCUGGAAACUGGAUAUUUAGGAUGCUGUGUGAGGAUAUUUUAAAGCUGACAGUUACAUUUUUAGUGAACAUAAUAUACUGUAUUUUACACACUAUAGGUCACACUUAAAAUGCCUUAAUUUUCCCAAAAAUCGUCAGUUCUCUUUGUGUAUAAAUUUUACCAGUCAGGUAUUAAGGAGCAGUAAAGUCACUCCACUGAAGUAGAGAGUUAUAUACAGGAGUUUCAGUUUAGCUUUAGUCGCUAACCGUUGUUUCCUAGGUCUGUAGCCUGCUGCUGUUUACCCCAGCUAGCACUGCUGGAGCAGCAUUAGCUUUUUCGACGCUCAAAGGUUAGUAUAUCGACGCUGUCCAAUGAAAAACACUUAUCUCCAAAAAAGCAACUUUACAGGAAAGAGAAAAAACAUUGCAAACUUUCAGUGAAAGUCAAUGUAAAAAGAGUUUAUUUCAGGUAGUUUUUAAGAGUUUCUAUUGGUCUGUUCAUCAAGAAAUUUUGGCACAGUGUAAGAUACAGUUUGUCUGUUCAAAUUAUGUA